UUUAUCUUUACCAUAUAAUAGUAUAAGCACCCCAGUUAUUGAAGCACCAUUUAUUGCAUUUGCAAUUGGAAAUUUCUCUAUUGAUUGUUAUGGUAGCACUACAGGUAAGUGUUGGACACCAGUUAACGAUGACGAAAUGAAUGAUAAAGUGAUAGCUGAAUUACAAAAGCAUGCAUUGGAUAAAGGCAAUGAAGCAAUUAGUUCUUUAUCUCAAAAAAAUGAGGAAAACAGUUCCAGACCGCCAUCCCAUGCAACUGAUUUAGCUAAAGCUACACAGCCAAGUAUGGAAACAAAUGAAAUUAAUAAUCAUCAAGAAAGUGAAUUAGGUGCAAAUAAUGCAAUACAUGAUGGUGAUAUAGUACACAAUGAUAUUGCCAGCCAAAAACCCCCAUCAAUGUCUGAUAAUGUCUCAACUCACAGGCAAAAAGUUACAAGCAUAUCACCUCACAGUUUUAAUCCACUUGAAUAUUGCAAAAAAUGGUGCAAAAUUGAUAAAUUUGGUUCUCACAGAGAAUGGCUGUAUUUCAUUGAUUCUGGAGGUCAGCUUCAGUUUCAAAAGCUAUUACUAGCUUUUAUGCCUCACACUUCAGUUCUUAUUCUAGUGGUCAAUUUAUCUAAAAAUCUCUCUGAUAAAUCGUGUACAAAGAUGGAAUGCCCUGGUCGAACAAUUGAUUCAGGCAAUGAUUAUUCUCUUAAAGUAGAAGAUAUGCUAAAACAAAUUCUUUCAGCUGUAGCUUCAAAUGCACAAAAGGCAACUUCAAUAAUUGAUGACUUUCCUUGGAUUGAACGUAAAGGUGGAAAACUGCUUAAUGUAUUAACAGUUGGCACACAUCUUGAUGUAUAUGAUAAAAAGCAAGAAGAGUCUGAAGUUGAAUCUUUGGAAGAAAAAAGAGAUGGAUUAAGAAUGAUUUUAAAUUCUGUUAGCAAAUCUAUUCAAAUAGUUUAUGCUCCACCUCCUCCACGUAAAAACCCAAUUCAUGUAAUUGAUGGUCGUAAAGCUGAAACUGAUGAAUCCAAUGAUAAAUCUAUAGAAAUAAUUGCAAAAAGCUUAAAAGACCAGUCAUAUAAAAUCAAAGUACCUCUACGAUGGCAUUACUUUGGUGUUAUUCUUCGUAAGAAAUCAAAGGAAACCAGUGGGAUAUUGGAUUUGUCUUCAUGUGAAGAUUUUGGAGAAAUGCUACAAAUGAAGCCUCAAGAAGUUCACAAUGCCCUAAAGUUUUUCCAUAUACUAAAAAUGUUAUUUCAUUAUGAUGAUUCACCAGCAAAGGACAUAGUGUUUGUGAAAUUGGAUGGUCUUAUUAGCAUUAUCAAAGAAUUAAUGGAUGCCAUAACUGAAUUUCGAAAAUUCAAAAGGUUAGAAAGAGAGCAAAGACAACUAGCAACAGUAGGACGUCUUUCAAUUGAAAAUCUCAAGUCAACUGUUUCUUUUAAAAUGAUUUCAUCAAUAUUUAAUAAUGAUGAUGACUUUGUGUCAAAAAUGCUUUUGGGUUUGUUUCAGCAUCUUGACAUUGCUGCACAGCUUUCAGAAACAGAAUUUUUGAUGCCAGCUCUACUUCCUGUCAUUGAUAUAUCUGACACUGAGGUAGCUAUUCUUGAAACAACACCUUUACUUUUCUACUUUAAAGACAGAGCUGUUCCUAUGGGCCUCUUUUGUGCUGUUAUAGUAAAUCUUCUCUCUGCAGACUCUUGGAGAAUUACUUCCAGGCAAGGAAAUUAUUCUAAUUUUUUUACAUUACAAAAAACAAUGGAAGCUUGUCAAAUUAUAAAUUUGACUCUAGUUGAACAGCUUGAUUGCAUUGAAAUACAUUGUAGAAAAACUGCUGAUAGAGUCAAAGUUAAAAAUGCUGUAGAGAAAUCCAUAAAUGAAGUUAUGAAGAAGAAGAACAUUAAUGAUGAAUUACCAAUAUUGGCAUUUUAUUGCCGGUUCAUGCGGCGGUGCAAGAGAUCAUAAAGCUACAAUAAAGAAUAUCACAAAAAAAGAAGACUCUAUCAUUGUUAACUGUGAAAAAUUUGAUGAUGAUUUAGAGGAAAAAUCUAAAGAAAAUUGUUCAUGGUUUACUAGUGAAAGAGAUAUAAAGGAUGAAUUUACAAAAAUCCUCCACAUUGGUGAUUUGAAGGAAAUAAUUACAAUAUUACAGGAAAAAGAGUUUCCAUUUGACAAAUGGUUUGAUUUUGGAUUAAGGUUGGAUGUUACUUAUAAUCAGUUACAAGUUAUUAAAAAUGACAUGAGAGAAAGCCAUCCUUGCCUUCGUGAAUGCCUUGCAAAAUGGUUGAAAACUGGUAAAGCAAGAUACAAAGAACUAAUAGAGGCUGUUAAAGGUAUUGAUGAACAUGCUGUAGCUGAUGCUAUAGGAAAACAUUUAAGGUCAAAAUAAUUUUUGUGUUAUUAUUAUUAAAAUAGGAAAUUUGUUUUC